AUGGCAGCCUUGCGCCUCGUGGGCUUGACAUUGGCUGUCGCGGUGACGCUGCAGGUAAUGAUGUUGGCACAGCCGUCGGGGGAAUAUAUAUAUAUUUCUAUAUGUGUGCAUGGGGAGUUUUUUCUUUUUCUAUCUGGAAAGUAUUGGCCCCAAAGGGAACAAGCUCGGGUAUAAGCUCUGCUGUUGUGUGUGUCUCCCCUUUGCGCAGAAGGUCUCCGGCUCGGGCGUCUUCCAGCUGGAGCUGCGGCACUUUGCCAACGGCCAAGGCGCCCUGGCGAGCGGAGAGUCGUGCGGGUCCGGCUGCAGGACCUUCUUCCGCGUGUGCCUGAUGCAUUACCAGGCGGUGAUCUCGCCGGGCGACUGCACCUUCGGCAGCAUCGUGACCCCGGUGCUGGGCAUCAACUCCUUCGCCAUCCGGGAGACCGAGGGCUUCGGCAGCCCCAUCAAGUUGCCUUUCAACUUCACGUGGCCGGUGAGAGCUCACCUUCAACAGCCUUGGAAAAGCGGGGCGGGGGUUGAGCGAGGAAGUCGAAAUAAUAACAAUAAAAAAGCAGAGGCCGCCGUGGUUCAGCUGCAGGCUAUAUAAACAAACCCUGCGCUCGACGUUUUGUUUCCAUAACUUGGUGCCAUGUAGAAAGCUGCGCUCUAAUUGCGGGCGUUGCAAAUGCAUGUCGGAAUAGAACGGCGAGUUGCUCAAGGCGAGUGAAAUGUGCACAUUUUGAAGCUGGGGGAAAGUUGCCUUCCACGAAGCUGGGGUGGGAAGGGUCGCCUUGGGGAGGCAGGGAGAGGACAUUUCUUCCUCCUGCACCCUGGUCAGAGGCGAGACGCCUUUUCCCAGGAGAUGAAAGCAGUCCUCCGGAGGAAGCUCCAUUUCAUCGACUCAGACAAAGUAAUGCUAUCUGCAAUUAGAUUAAUUGAAAUGUAUAUCUACCGCCAGGUAGAGGUUUUCUGGUUUCACCCGAUUGUUUUAAAUCUCUGAGGCCGACAGUCCCUUUCCGAUCACUUAUCACUAGAACUCCCCGCUUGUCUUAGGUUCUGUGCCUUCCUCUCACUCCUCCUUUCCAUUCACAGGGAACUUUCUCAUUGAUCAUUGAAGCCUGGCACGCUCCCGAAGGUUACAAUCCAGCAGGUGAAUAUGGCCGUUCCUUUCCUACUCACUAGGGGGCGACAGCUUUUCAAAACUUGCAGCUUUAUGCAGAAGCCAGCUUAAAAAAACAACACAAAAUAGCUAAGUCUGCCAGCACAGUUAUUAAAUAGCUUCCACCUAAGCUACAUAAAUAAAUAAUGUUUUUACUUAUUGCAUGUAAGUUCAGAAAAUAUUUUCGAUGCUUGCUUUAAUUUGCAAGGCAGAGCUGUUCCCAACAUCUUGAUGGGUUUUGCUUUGAUUUUGUCCCCCUACUUAAUCUCCACACAAUUGCGUUUCCUCCCGUUUAUUUUUGGCGUGGGAAAGAAAGGAGCUCUUUGGUGAGAAAACGGCAAGGCUGCCAAAAAGUCCUGACUGCCUUUUCCUGUAUUUUACACCUUUUUCAAAUUCCGCCCUUUGGAAAAGGAAUAAUGGCUUUGGGAUGUUUUUCUGACAUAGAGGAAAAGGAUAUUUCAACAGCACAAGAGCUCUUACUUUGAAAGGCUUUCUGUAAAGCUUCUCAGGACCACAGCUAACAAUAAUGGAUACUAAAGGCAAAAGAGAACAGUGCUUUUACACUGGUAUCAUGUGACCCCUGACCCCCUAAUUACUGCAGCCCAGUGGUUGAGCCCCAAAUGUCUCUAUAUACUCCUGGCUUAUUAAUAUUUUAAUCAACAUUAUUUGGCACACUGCUUGGGCUGAAUAAUGCAAUUUUCUCCCUCAGUUUAAUUUCAGUGGUAACACAUUGUCACAAAUGCCUUUUGAGGGCCAGGUUGAUUCUCUUUAUGUGGCAUUAUUAGGAUUGCUUACCUUCAAUCCCGCCCCCUAAAACAAAAUCCUUCACUGUUUUUAAUUAUAUUGAGCAUGUUGCAAUGAGCAUUGCUACUUAAAAAAAUAUGAGGGCACCAGCUGAUGAAAUCUAUUGCACAGAGUCUGGGCUUGUAUGUUGGGGCUAGAAGAUUGAUGCUAGACGCCAUCGCUAAUUACGGUGACACUGGAGAGGAAGCACAAGCUGGCGUGUAAUGUGAGAAUGUUUUAAUAAGGGCAUAGUGUGUGGUAGCACUGUGCAUGUUAGCAUGGGCCAGAAGGACACUGUGUGGGAAUUCUUCCUUGUUGUGAACAGCCAAGGCACAUCAGAUGAGAGGAGCAGUUAAGUGCCCAGUGUGCUUUAACAUAAGGGAUGAACUGUGAGCAGAGUUGCCACCUGCAUCCAGCAGAGCCGUUGUGACUGAAACAACUGUAUUGCAAGGCAGAACUUCAGCAGGUGUAGCAUGUCUCCACAGGGAGAAUGCCAGGAUGGAAAAUAUUUUACAUGUUGGAUUUCUGCUUAUUAUACAGCCGUUAAACGGAUGCCCUGCCACCCCACCCGCUGGGGGGCAAGUGGCAACUAACCUGUGAGGAUGCAGUACCACACUAUGGGAUGGGUUCUGUAAAACAAGAGUGCAAAUAGUCCUUUGGGAUGUGAGAGAGGAUGCAGAGGUGGCAUGCGAAGAAGGUUAAAGUAUAGCAGAUGGACUGAAGCUAGAGGAUGGUGUGAGAUAGGGUGGUGACUGUCAGUGCAAAGCUUUUUAUUAUAUUUUAAAGAGAUGUGCUUCUGCAUGCAAUCCAAAACCUUAUCACCUGCCUCUAUGCUCUGUUUAUUUCCCCCCUUUGAGUGGUGAGUGAGUGGCACUCUGCACGUGCCCAGGGGCAUUUCUUCACGCAUUCCGGAUUCCGCAGUUGAGUCUGGCGCAAACCAAAGACCUUGUUGGUCCAGGGGCCUUGGAUGUGGCUAGAGAGGGAGACGGGGCUCGGGAGAGUAUCCUGUUUCUCCCUCCAGGCCUAACCUAGCUUGUGUCCUUCCCGCCCCAGCAGGAUCCAAGCCCCCUGCCCGGAAGUGGCUCAUCAGCCAGAUGGCGAUCCGGCGCUCGCUGGCCGUGGGCGAGGCGUGGCUGCCGGACCAGCAGAGCCACGAGUGGGCCCGCCUCAACUUCUCCUACCGCGUGGUGUGCAACGAGCACUACUACGGCGACAACUGCUCCCGCCUCUGCAAGGACCGCGACGACCUCUUCGGCCACUACGUCUGCAAAGCCGACGGCACCAUGGCCUGCCUACCCGACUGGACGGGGGACUACUGCACCGACGGUGAGCGAGGCCGCCCUUCCCGCCCUAGACUUCCCCCUCCCUCCGCCGCCCCCCCCAGCGACCAGUUGGCGCGGAAAACGCGCGGGCGGGCGCGCAAACUGCGCCUCGAGGGCAGGGAAAGGCGCGACAGCUCCCCCUGCCGGUCGCGGGCGCCAACAGCCGGCGGAGGGGAGGCAAAGAAAGCAAAGCAACCCUGACGCCCUCCCUAGGGAGACACUGCGCGUGCGCGAGCCCUUGAGGUCGGCGGAGGGGUCGAAAGGGUCGGGGGCGAGAGGGCUGAGGGGAUUUGGAAAAGGAACUUGUGAGGGUCGAGGCAGAGAGAGGGAUGGAGACGGGGUUUUGUUUAAACUCAUAGGCAGGACGGCAUGCGGAUGCGUUGCUGUGUCCUUGCAGUUCCAGCUGAGAACCAGAAAUGUCUCACUGGCCUCCUAACCCCGUUAUGAGCGCUUCAUAGUGAUAACAUGGACAGUUAUAAUAUGAGGAAACGGGCGCCAGCGAAAAGUCUUACCUGGAACGAGACGAAUAAGUUCCUUCUUAAAGCAUAAAAAUAGUAUUUUUUACAAAAACACCCACUGCCAUAGAUUCGAGAUCAGUUUCUUCUCUCCAUCCCUCGAAGUGUAUACACACAAUUUACAGAUUAAAUGGUUCUCCUAAAUCCAGUCUUCAAAUGACCAAGAUGCACUACUGGACAUCAGUUCUUUGAUGCAAUUGUCUUUGGAAUUAAUUAAUUAAUUAAUUAAUUCUAAUUAUUACACACAACUGUGAUUUGAAAGUUUCUAUAAGGCUGCAGCCAGGCAUUGGUUUUACUGAUUUGCAUUACUUACUCUCUGGGACCAUUUCUUACAUUUAGAAGGCCUUUGGCAAUUUCCUAGGCUCCAUAGAAGUGGUUCUCAAAAUUAUAUUCUGUUCUGCUACCAUUUAUGAUGGCUGCAGGUGUGCCCAAUUUGAUUGCAGACCUCCAACUCUAAGCAAGUCAGUAGAGCAAAAAUGCCACUCCAUUCAUUUGUCUGGGUGAGGUAGUGUAUGUGCAAUAAUGGAAAUGAAUGGGAACCACAGUUGUCUCCACCCCCAUUCCCUUGGUACUAAAGAAUCAGGGGAAUGUAGCUCCCUCAUAAAUGGUUCUUUUUCUUAUUGCACCUGCUCCUGGGGCCAUCGAACCAUUUCCUGCAUCUGUGCUUCACAUCAUUUCCACUCCCCACUUUGCAACUACUGUACUUUCAGUCAGCCAGCUUUAGAAUGUCCCCAGUAUCUUGGCUUAAUGUUCUAGAUAACAAGAACUGUAAAAGGUAUUCUCAAGUCUAAUUUUACAUUUCAAAACACUCCCAGUUGCCAGGGCAGCUUCUUAGUGAAUUUCUUACUGGCAUUUUAACUAUGGGUUCAGGUACAUAUAAGAAGUUUAGAGUUUUUUUAUUGCUAAAGUUGUGUAUGUGUGUAUCUCACAGCUAUCAUCAAAACUGAUGGCAGUGCAGCUGUAGGAAUUCUAAAAAUCCAACCACUUCUUGUUUUCAUUGGUCUUAGGGAACCAAGUCGAUAUUUGUUGACAAAACAAAACAAAAAAAACUCCUGGCCUAAAGGAAAUUUCUUUAAGAACGGUGCUGGUGCUACAGGUUUCUUCUAGUUCUCUGCCUUUAAAAAGCAAAUCAAAUGUUGAAUUCACAAUAAUGCAUGUAAAUUACACUUGUUUUAUACAUAAAAUUGUACAUGUUCCCACUUCACAUUGAUUUACAUAAUUUUGAGCAUGGCAUAUGAGAAUCUUUGGAACAGAAUUUGAAUUUUUGUUUAGUGCAAAAUACAACUGUAAGCAAUUGUGGGCCAUUCACUCCCUGCCUCUGGGACAGUCACUGCUUCUCAGGAUUGUCAAUGAGAAAACAUGUUGACCAUGUUUGCACGUCAUAAUAAACCAGAGUUAAUGGUUUACUGGACUCUUUUGGUCCUCCCUGCCAGCGUGCAAGAGGAAACAAAAUAUUACCCUAGCUUAGCAUUAUACCCAACAGGGAUCAGGAUUUGUUUUGCUGAAACCAUGGUCAUUAGUUUGGGGGCAUGAAAUAAGCCACAAUCCCUGAUUCAAGCAUAAUGCUAAGCCAGGGAUCGUGGCUUGUUGCCAGAUCAGCAGCCCAGAUAAGCGUUUACAGUAAACAGUUAACUAAUAUUUACUGUGAUGUGCAAACUAGGCUGCAGUCUUGAGCUUGUUGGAUACAAAUACAAUAAUAAAUACUUUGAAAUGCAUUUUUGAAAGUAUUAACUUAAACUUUUUUUCCCCCAUUGAAACAGCUAUCUGUCUAGAAGGGUGUUCAGAGAAAAAUGGAUUUUGCAGAAAGCCAAGAGAGUGCAUGUAAGUAGUUGCUGUAUUAGAUCUCAAUGUGAUGAACAGUAUAUGAUCCCACUUCUCUCCCUUCUCACUUUACUCAUUUCAGUGGUCAUCACUGAUAAAAUUCCCUUUGACUUCAAGUAAGCUCAAAGUAUUCUAACAGUUACCUCAGACAUUUCAAUUGUUUCUUUUCAGCUGCCGUAGUGGUUGGAAAGGCCGUUACUGUAAUGAAUGUAUCCCUCAUGUGGGUUGUCGCCAUGGGACCUGUACAAAACCAGGAAAGUGCAUAUGCGAUGAAGGCUGGGGAGGCCUUUUUUGUGAUCAAGGUUAGUUGAUGUAGUUAUAACAAAAAUGCAUUAAUUUUAAUGUGUCUUUUUCUUGCUGAUAAAUUUCUUAAGCAGAAAUUUAACAUUUUAGGUUACUGCAAGAAGUCUAACUAAUAGACUUUGAAUCUGAUUGUCUUGGAUGAUUGUGGCCAAAUGUCAAAAUUUCUCUUAAAUUCUUCUCUUUCUGUAAAAGUGGUAUAUGUUUACAGGAACACUCAAAAGUAUUCACACAUAUUUUUCUUUUAAGUAUAUAUACUGCACAUUUAGUCUUGCCUCUUAUCCCUUAUAAAAACUGUAUAUUUAGUGAUCUAUCAUAUACAGUACUUAACUGAGGCAGUUUUCUAAACAUAUGGUAUCACAAGCAAACAGAAUCUGGCUCUUCCUUAUAUUUACUUAUGGGAAUAUUCUUAUAUGACUAAUGCAGAAUUUAAAAUAAAUGGAAAUUGGGGAAAAUCUCCAGAUUCUGUUUCAAGGGACAGGCUUGACCAUGAACCUGACAUGUUUCCAUGAUCUCUGAUGUAAUCUCAGUUGAAUAACUAUGGUUCUCCAAAGUCAUAUCUGCACUUUAAACUGGGGUUACAAGUUCUUUUGCUACAAUGGAAUCCUUAUGCAGAUAUGCAAUUAUUUAAUUUAUUAACCACAUGCAUGGUCAAUAUAUUUCAGGGUAGUUAUACCACCUAUGUAUGAUUGAACAUCCUAAGAAACAUUUCUGAACCUUGUAGAAGAAACCUUGUCUAGAGAAAGCCUAUCUAAUGAGAAUGUUGGAAGUGUAUAAACUUACUAGUAUCUUUUUCAACUUGAUAAAUGCACAUUUAAAUCCCUUUAUUGCUAAUAGCUUUAGGCACCUACAAAGACAAGUAUUAGCUCCAAAUGCAGUACAGUUAAUGGCUUAUCAGCCCACCCAGAUUCAAAGCAAAAUCAUUCUUAUAGCCCUAAGGAUGCAUAUAUACAGUAGUUAUUGCAGGAUAUGGCCUUUUCUUGGCCUAUCCGUUUAAGGGUAUUUUAAUUGGCCUAGCAGGUGAAAUGCUGAUUGAUCAUCUAUCAUUACGUAAAGUAUGCCAUUUUACCUUGGUUAUAUUCAUGAUACUAAAAGCUCAUAUUAAGCUCAUAAGACCAUUUCCUUCCAUGUCCUUUUGAUAUACCAGAUUAUGAACAAAAGUGAGGGCCACCAGCUGACUAUCUUUGUUUUUUGUCUUUUUGCACAUGGAAAGGUUUUAAGCGUUACUCAUUGUGGCAAUGAGAACUACAUUGUGGGGAAAGUACUGAGCUUAUGCACCCCCAGGAUAAGUUUAUUUUAGGCAUUCCUAAAAGUCCUCCUGGCUGGGGACACAAAUUUCCAUUGAUUCUAUUGAACAAUAAAUUGAAGGUGUUUUGGUCAAAGUCUCUGUUCUGCUACUUCUAGUGCCUCAUCUUUUUUGUUCUUUGUUAAAACGUAACUAUCUCAUUGUCAUGUUUCUGUCCUUGCAGAUCUGAACUACUGCACCCAUCACAGACCCUGCAGGAACGGGGCCACCUGCAUGAACACUGGCCAGGGAAGUUAUACAUGUUCCUGCAAAGAGGGUUUUACUGGUGUCGACUGUGAACGGAAUAUCAGCGAAUGUGACAGUAACCCCUGCAAGAAUGGAGGCAGUUGCACAGUAAGAACUAAUUAUAUGUUGGGAAUUUGUUUGUGAAAAGAGAAAAAGCAGCUUUCCAUAUUUAUAUCCUGUCCAUCCACCAAUGAGUUCGGGGUAAUAUGCAUAAAUAUACUUAGUAUAUAUUCACAAUACCCCUGUCUGACAGGUAAAGAGGAGGGACUGAUUGACUGGUUACAGUAUUUCUGUGCCCUCCAUUAACCAAGGGUCUGGGGAAGGAGGGUGUACAUUGUUAAAAUACAGUACAAACAAUAAAAGCAACACAUUACAGCAGAAAUAAAUCAAGAAAACCAACCACAGGCAGAUCUUUAAAAUUUAAAGCAAAAAUAUCAAAAUCUAUUAAAAGUCCCUAAAAAGCCUGGGAGAAUUUUAAAAUAGCCUUUGCCUGACACUGAAGGGAAUACAGAAUAGGCUCCAAGUGAGCCUCUCUAGGGAAAACAUUCCAGAACCAGGAUGCAGUUCCUGAGAAGGCCCUUCCUCCUAGCAGCCUCUUGCUAUUUUGAGGGCCUCUGAUGAUGAUUUCAAGGUAGAUAGUUGGUGGAUACCAUCUUGGAGACUCUUCCUGGCCACUGGGGAAGGAGAAGUUAGCAGGCACUGCGGCAUUGGCAAAAAAAGGGUGGGGGUAGCGCUGGUGCAAAUAUGGUGGCACCCCCGGUUAUGGCAUAGAGGGGCCCUGAAGCUCACAUAGGGCUUGCACACAUACAAAAGCAAAAAUAUUACUGAUCCCCCUGCAUAGUCCUGGCCUUCAGUGUUAUACAAAACACAUCUAUCUGCUUCAUGUACCUUCUUUUAGCUACACAAUUAUACUGCAAGUAGUAUUUUCAGUCUGUCUUACAUCACUUUGGUAGUGUCUGAGUAUGUACAGUCCAUAACAGGUUACUAAGUCUUAUUCCCUCAGUGCUCUUUUUAGUAACCACCAAUAGUUGAGAAGUACAUUGUUGGUAUGAACUCAAGUCUCUUUGUAGUAGUGUCACUUAAUUUAUACUGUGCAUUUACUAUUUAAUCUGCAAGACUCUUUAGUUGUGUUUUAGCUCUGCUUGGUCCCCAAGUUACUACUUACCUGGAGACCCAAUCUGAUUCCAUUUUAAUUUAAUUUGUUUUGGGUGCAUCUGCUUUCACAUCUCUGAAAGUUUAUGUCCCUUUGAAAAAUGGACAGGAAAUGUAACUGAAAGCAACUAGUUUGAAGGAGCUAAAUUUUAUAUAUUCCUUAUUUUCCCCCCACAGGAUUUAGGGAAAUACUACAAAUGCACAUGUCCCCCAGGAUACGAUGGUGUUAAUUGUGAGCACAGUGCCUUGACUUGUGUUGAUUCUCCAUGUUUUAAUGGUGGCACAUGCCUAGAAAGAGAAGGAGGAACCAGCUAUGCUUGUAUUUGUCCUAUGGGCUUUACAGGAUCCAACUGCGAAAAGAAAGAAGACAGGUGUACCAACAACCCCUGUUCUAAUGGUAAGUCCUUUCACCGGAGGAGUUUCAUCUUUGGGGACAGACAAUAAUGAAACUUUAAUCUGAUUCUGUGUUCCUCCCUUGAUCUGUCAGUUUUCUUUUCCUAUUAUAAGGUAUACUUUGCACGGUAUAUUUUCUACUUACUUGUGAGGUUUAUAUUGCAUGUUACAUGGAAUUGCAUAUUUUUUCUCCACAUUUUUAAAAAAAGAAUCAGCUUGGGCUGCCUGGAGGGGGAAAGAGUCUCCUUAAUCCUUUCCCUCCAGUGAUUCUUUCCCCCCAGCUCAAAAUAACUCUUCCCAAGUUGCUCUUUAACUCACAGGGUGGAGGAGUAGCUUGCAAUGCUGUUUGUUUAUAUACAUGACCACUUCAUAAGACUAGAGUAUAGGGGUUCUCAAAUAGGUCUGUAGACCACUAGUGAUCCACAAAUGUUAUUCAGGUGGAACAGUGUGUCUGUAAAAAUAGAAUUCAAAAUAAUACAACAUCUAGCGUAGUGCAUUAUAAUUACUACAACUGACAGAAAAAUCCAUAAGUGCCUCCAAGACCCUCUGCAAUUUUCAUGUGGUCCAUCGGGGGAUUUUGGAAGCGACUGAUGGACCAUCUGACACCCAUUUUUGGUUUUCUAAAUCUUAGUUCUGUACUGUAUCUUUUCUUCUUGCUUUUCUGCAAUCUUAGCUGUCGCUGGACCUCUUGUCUACGUUCCCUCAUUUCUGCACCUUCUGUGUCUAGAAAAGUCUCCUUGCGCAUCAAGUCAAUAUUUCCCAAUUGAUAUCUUUUCCCACAACAUUUGCCACACACAUUCUGUGAUGCCUGCUACUUGCUUAUGUCCUCCUACUUCAUUCUUGAUGAUUCUCUAUCAGGUUAUGUCUUCUCCUCAGCUUUGCCCUGUUGGCUGCACUACUACAGGGUGAAUCUUUUAAAAGAGGCCCUGUGGAACAUGUGUACACUUUAUCCACAGGGCCUCUUUUAAAGGACUCACCCUGUAUAUUCUAGUGCCUGGGUAGUCUUGGUCUUUGUUCCUGUGUUCAGUGCAACACACAGCAGUCACUAAAUAAUAAUAAAAAAGACAUUCCUAAUCAAACUUUUUUUUUUUUUACUGCGCUCUUCUCUACAGGUGGGCAAUGCUUUGUUUUGGGCCAGCAACACGUGUGUCGCUGUCGUCCUGGUUUCUCCGGUCAGAAAUGUGAGAUAAACAUCAGCAAGUGUUCCAGAAAUCCAUGCACCAAUGGAGGAUCUUGCCAUGACCUUGUGACUACACACGAUUAUACAUGUACUUGCUUGCCAGGCUACGCUGGCAAAAACUGUGAAACCAGAACUAGAGAUGAGUGUGCCUCUGAGCCCUGCCAGAAUGGGGGAACAUGCUAUGUUGGACUUUAUCCUACUACUUUUGCUUGUCACUGCCCUUCUGGCUUCAUGGGCAGCCAUUGUGAAUUUCCAGUGCAUCCAGUUUCAGAGCCUCCUAAACAGCUUCCUUGGGUGGCCAUAUCCAUGGGAGUCGGGCUAGUGGCUCUUCUCAUUUUGUGCUGCAUGAUAGCUAUAGUUAUCCGGCAGAUGCAGAGACAGCCAGAACAGAAUUCAGAAGCCAUGAACAACCUGUCUGACUUCCAGAAGGAAAAUCUCAUCCCAGCCUCUCAACUUAAAAACACCAACAAAAACAAAGACCUUGAAGUAGACUGCGUGCUGGAGAAAUCAAACUACAAACUUAAGAAUCACACAUUGGAUUAUAACCUGAUGAAGGAACUGACAAGUAGAGGGGCUCAGGAAGAUAAAUAUCAUAAAAGUGAAAAAUGUAUAGGAGAGAAAUCACCCUUCUGGUUACGCAGGUAUGAACACCUUCUAAAGAAAUCUAAUUUCUCUGCAUCUGUGAACAAGGAAGGCUAUGUAGUGCAAAGAACAGGAGUAGGGCGCAACUCAUAAAUGUGUUGGAUUCUGAAAAGCAUGGAAAGUGGAUAGCUCUGACAUUUUAAAUCUCAUGCAGAGUACACUUCGCUUACAGCAACAGAGGAGCGUUGACAGUCUAUCAAGUUUUGGAAAUAGUUUACCUUCCUUAAAACUUAAAUAAAAUAACAUUAUGGUAAAUGCCUUGGCCCAACCCAUGUUAUGGCCAGGUUCAAGGCCAAUCCUUUAGCUAGAUAGGUGGUAGGAUUAUGUUGUAACAGAUUCCAAGAAACCAUUAUCUAAGGGCUUGAAAGCAACUAAUGUUUGUUCUUAAGUUUAUUUUUGGCUUAUCGCUCAUCGUCAGUUUAAAGCAAACAAUUCAUGGUCUGGGAUUGAAUGAUGUGAUUAAGUCAUACUAUGGCUUGUUUGAGCUACAUGGGGCAAGUAGGGAGAAGCCACACAAGGGGUCUACGCAGCAGAGGCACACUCACAAUUCAACCAUGGUUUAAGACAAACUGUGUCUUAUCAUGACAUGUGAGGCAGGGCUGCAUGCGUUUGUUCCUGUCAAAGUUGUUUACUUCACAAAAACACCUCUACCCAGAUCCUUUUUGAACUGCUCACCUAAUUUAAUUGGUCUUGUGAAUGUGAGGAAAUGCAGAGAGCCAAAAAGAAAGUGCAGCCAAGUAGUUCCAAAUUCUAUCUUUUAAUGCAGACUUACAGCCUUUACAUAAAAUAUUUAAAAUUUUGUGCAUCUACUGCACCUAGUAAGUCAAGCUGAUUUACUUGGUUCAAUAAAACACAAUGAAUGCUACUUGAAACCAGGCUACUCCCCAUAUGCAAGUUUCAGCCUGGUCAUAGUUAUUUGGUCAUAGAAGACUGAGGUUGUCAUUGGUUGGAAACUGAAUUUUUAAAUAUUUGCUGUCGUUCGUGGCCUAAGCUACUGUAAAAGAUCCUUUCUUCAGUUUUAACACAUGAAACAAGAACAUUUUGCUUAGAAUUUUUAUCAUGGUUUUUUGUUUUCAACAGUGAGAAGCCAGAAUGUAGAAUAUCAGCUAUAUGCUCUCCAAGGGAUUCCAUGUACCAAUCUGUCUUUGUGAUAGCAGAGGAACGAAAUGAGUGUGUUAUAGCCACAGAGGUAUGUAUGUUGCCUACAUAGAUUUUAAUUUUUGCCACCCGCCUAUCUCAAGAGACAGCGGAAGAGUGUGCCAUUGGGGCUAAAGUCAAACUGUUGGAGUGUUACAGCGUCCGCUGUUUUAAUUACUUAAACAUUUCUAUAUUGCUUUUAGCUCCAAAAAGAGCUCUGAAAGCGGCUUACAACAAUAAAUAUCAAUACAAACAAAAAUGACAUUCAAAACAAAAAUUAAACAGAGAUAACAACACAUAUUAAAAGACGGAAAAUGUCUUGACCACCUACCUGACAAUAAAGAAGGGGCCAGUGUAUUCUUCCUUGGUGGCAGUUCCACAAUCGGAGUGCCAUCACCGAAAAGGCCCUGCCUUGGCUGCAGAACAUAGAGCAGAGCCCUGGAAGGUGGCCACAACUGACAAGCAGGUUUAUGCAGAGAGGGGUGAUUCUUCAGAUAUCCUGCUCCUGAGCUAUAUUUGUCACCAAUAGUCAUUAAUUUAUAGAGCUAAGGUCUCAUUUUUUAAUAAUAAAAAUCUGAAAAGAGAGCAAUGUAGUUUUAGACUUUCAGGCAUCAUUUCCAUACAUCUGGCAAGUAGUGAGUAGUAAUGGAACUAUUUCUAGUGUUGCUCAGAUCAUUCCUGCAAACAAUACUUAAGAAAAUAGAGAAAUUAAUGGGUUAGUUUCUUCAGGGUUUUUUUGUUUCUUUUUUAAGGUCUGAAUCCCAGAGUAAAGACUUUGGCUUAAUCUCUUACUUCUGAAACCAGAAUUCUGCAUUUUCACUUCCCACUCUAGCACCCCACACCUCCUGAAAACCUGUUUCAAAAAGGCAUGGAAUGUGGAGCAAAGGCAUACAACAGGAAGGGGAUAUUGAUAAAAUUCAUGCCAGUCCCCUUGCCCUCACUUGACAGCAUCAGGCCAAUUAUCCCGCUCCCAUCUGGUGGCCCCACUGCUCCACAAAGCUCUGCUGCUACUGCUGGGGAAUUUGGAUUGCAACUUUAAUUUGUAUUUUGAAUAGCACUGCCUGUUUCUAAUUUCUCCCCCUCCCAUUUGUUUAUAAACAGGUAUAA